UACUAAAUUUGUGGCUGGUGUCUCGAUAAAAACACUCUGAGAACUGCGCUAAAACUGAUUACAAUGUCAUUUUAAAGGUGUUAGUUUGAAAGAUAAGAAAAACGAAGAUGUAAAUGAGCCUUCUUAUGUUUUGAAAAGGUCUAGAAUCGACUGACGAUUUGGAUCAACUGCAAAAUGGAGGAGCUGCCAAUCAAAAAAGAACCUGAAGACAAGACUGAAAAGACAAGUGUUAACCUAACUCCUCCUGAAAAAUCAACAGUAGAUGCAGAGGUGUCAAUAGAUCCUGAUGGCCCUGAUACUUUUUCAACCUCCAGACUUUUCUUUGAGCCAUUAAACAGCAAAGAUGCUGCCAAGAAGCCAUGUAGUUCUACUGCAACUAGUGGAGGAGAUGCUGAAGUGGAUGGGGAUUCAGGGAGAGAAAGUGUGGUAGACCAGGAUUGUGAUGAGAGAACUCUGCCGAGGGUCUCAGGUCUUGGUUUUGAUAUGGCUGCAUCAACAGUCAAAUCGGAACCUAACGAAGAUUUGGCUGCUGAUUUCUACAUCACAACGAAUGACUGUGAAAUGGCCGCUGGGCAAGAGGCACUCGGAGACCCCAACCAAACUGCACCAGAUGACACAGAAAAGGCAUCUGGUAGUUGUCAAGUCACAUCACCCAACCCAUGGAAUAAGAAAUCUUCAUUUGUUUCCACUGGGAAAGCUGUAGUUCAGGUCCCAUUAUUCUAUGGCGACGAAAAAAUGGAUGGCCAGAAAAAGUCUGGGAAGAACGUCGAAAAAACCGAGGAAGCUGGUACAGCAGACGAGGGUGACCAGGAUGGACCAGUGCCAUCACUCUUAGUCGAGCUUGUCCCGGGACAGAAAAAACUUCCGCUUGACUUGCGUCGAGUUCAUUCCUGUACAAUGUGCAAUUCUAAAUUUACCCGGAAGGGUUCGCUCAGUCGACACAUGCUGACGCACUCGGCUGAAAAACCUUGGAAGUGUUUAGAAUGUGGGAAGGAGUUUCGUCAGAAAGGAAAUUUAACGCUUCACGAGUUCACACAUACCGGGGCGAGGCCGUACCAGUGCCCCCUAUGUGAUCAGGCGUUCAUUACAAAGACAAAACUGCAGAUUCAUGAGAGUAUUCACCGUGACGAUAAGCCAUGGUGUUGUCAGAUUUGUCGGAAGGGAUUCAAACGUGAUGCGGAUUUGCGCAAACAUCUCCUGAUUCAUUCCGGCGAGAAAACAUUUGAAUGCGAUUUAUGUGGGAAAGCAUUUUUGUUGAAUAGUCAGUUGAAGGCACAUAAAGUUCGCCACAACGGUGAGGAAAAUUUAAAAUGUGAUCAAUGUGGUCGCAUUUUCCUGUUAAGUGGCGACUUGAAAUCACAUGUGUGCGAACCCUUGCCGAUUGUUAUGAAGAUACAGAGACCGAAACGUAAACGUAAACAUAUCGAGAGCGCUGAGUAUGACUAUGAGGUGGCGGCAGAUUCAUCGCCAUUGCCGCCAAAGUUGGACAGUUUGUCCGAUAAGAUUAGGAAACUCUCUAAAGAUAUGAAGGGCAUUUCGGAGGGGAUGAAAGACUCUGAGGAAAAUGUUAAUGAUAUUGGAGACGGGGCGGAGAAAUCUGACAAUGAUGACAAGGUGGAAACUGUUUCCGUGGAAAAAUGUGAAGCAUCCAUGGAAGCUGAUGGUGUGCCUAUGGCAACGUGUACAUUAGCCAUGGCUGCAAAGGCUGUUUCCAUGGCAACUGGGGCAGAGAUUUCAGUAGACACUCUUGAUGAAGGGUCAGGACUGUUAGAAAUUGGUGAAAAUUCCAGCAAUCAAAGCACUGAGGUAAUCAAAAAAGAGUGGAACGAGGACAAUGCUAGUCAAAAGACGCCAAACAAUUCCGAUAAUGAAGCCGAUGCCGACAAAAAAAUUGACUGUAAAAUUUGUGGCCGGCAGUUUGUUCACAAGCAGACGUUAGAAAAACACAUGUUGAUUCACACACAGGAGAAACUACAUAAGUGUGAUAUUUGUGGAGAAGCAUUUACGCAUGGUUACAGUUUGAAAGAACACAAGAUGAAUCAUUCAUUGGUAGCAGACGGCAAACCUUACAAGUGUAAAUAUUGUGAUAUGGUGUUUAAACACGCAAGUUAUUUGAAAAGACACGAGUCGAUUCACACAGGAGAGAGACCUUGGGAUUGCGAUAUUUGCGGGAAGAGUUUCCGCACUAAAUGGCAUUUGACGAGUCAUUCAAAGAGCCAUAGCGGCGAGAGACCUUUUCAAUGUGAGCUUUGUGGGCGUGCAUUCGGGCAUCGUUGUGAUCUGAAACAGCAUAUGCUGGUGCAUACAGGGGAGCGCCCGUAUGUGUGUGAACAGUGUGGACAGAGUUUCAAGUCGAGUAGCCAUUACUGGCAGCAUAUGCGACGUCAUACGGGCGAGAAGCGCCACAAAUGUACAUACGAGGAUUGCGAUAAGGCGUAUACAACACCAUACGAAUUACAACGCCAUCUACAGUUCCAUACAGGAGAUAAACCAUGGAUUUGCGGUGUUUGUGGCAAAGCUUAUAUCGACAAAGCCGUCAUGUUACGACACGAACGUGGCCACACCGGGAUCAAAGAAUACCCUUGUAAAAUCUGUGAUGCUUCCUUUGAUAUGAAAUCACUCUUGAACGAACACAAGUCCAUACACAUAGAAAAUGGUGAUGUUCCAAAGCGCAAGAGGAAGAAAAAGCCUAAAAUAAAUAAAUGUUUUUUAUGUGGGGUGGUUUUUGAAACGGAGGCGUUGUUAGAAGAACAUAAAGUUUUACAUACAGUCUUACCGUAUAACGGCCCUGAGAAAAAAUUUCCAUGUGGAAAUUGUGACGAGCUAUUCGCAGAUGAAGACAUACUUAAGUGUCAUGAACGGACUCAUAAAUAUGUAUUUGAAUCAACUGGUACUAGUGAACCUCAUAAAUCUAGCUGUGCUAGGGUUGGCGAUGACUUUGAGUGCAUGCACUGCCACAAAAUGUUUCCCGAUGAGAUGCUUUUUAAAAUACAUGAAUUGAAACACGAGAUGGAUGGUACGGGUACAUUUGGUCAUGCCAGUAACCCCGGUGGUAAUGGCCAAGGGCAUGUGUCGUCUUUUCCAGUCUUUCCAGAAAGUGUGCAGUGUGAAUCUGGGCCGGUUUUUCCACAAGGUCAUAUUGAGCAUGAUAAAUCCCAAGGAUCGCCACCACAUUGUGCUAAGGAAGAUCCUUCCUCACUUUCCCCGCAAGGGCAUAUUGAGGGCUCUUCCACACCCCCACAGGGUCAACCUGAGCUGGGAUCUUCCCCUGUAUGCCCACAGGGGCUGAUUGAGCAGGGGUCUUCCCUAGUUUCCCCACAAAUUGAGCAGGUGUCUUUCCAAGUUUCUGCACAUAGUCAAAUUGAGCCGGCCUGCUCUCAAGUUUCUCCACCAGGGCAAAUAGAUCAAAAGGUCUAAUUUUCUUCAAAAUGCUUUAAAAAGUUUGAUGGCGGAGGCAAUGCUGGUAAUAUUCUUUGCUUACUGGAAGUUAAACCAUAUGUAAAACUGAUGUGGCCUACUUGUUAGCUGUCGAUAUUGUCAAUGUGUCUGUCAAACUAUUUAAAUUCUAUUCCAUCGAAAUUGCAUAUCAAAUGGUCAAAACCUGAGAUUUUGAUAUGUGAAAUGUAUACUUGUGAGAGAUGUCACUAAGUGCAGAUGAGAAAGUUAGCAACUUCUAGGCUAAUGCACAUGCACAUGCACUAGAAAGUGGUAAUUUUAUCAUGUGGUAUAAUCGGGAAAGCAAAAUAAGGAUAGUCUUUGUGACACUGAAGCUGCAGAAGAUAUCAAAAAGGGCAUGUAUACAGUUAUAAAACCUAGUUGUAGUUAAACUUAUGCUAUGUGAUUUUUACAAUGAAGCUGUUAUCUAUACGGUACUUGAAUGUAUAUUUUUUAUCAUACUCACUGUAUCAAGACAAUGUGUGAAUCUGGGUUUGUCAUACAGAUAUACUAGUACAUGUAUAUCUACAUGAGGUAAAUUAUGUGUACAUGUACAUGUAUGUAUCUAAGUGUAAUGUGUAAUGCACAGGGAAGCAUAUGAUGACAUGCAAAUUUUCAAUACCCACCCCUGAAUGUGACGAAGAUUCAUUAUUACAUAUACAUGUAUAAGACCUACUGUUUUCAUGUCAACUUUGUGUUUUAGCAUCAAUGUACUACAAUCUGUAGAAGGAAAUAAAGUGCAAAAUCUGGAGAGAAAAA